CCAUCCAUUCAGGAUGAAGAUGGUGAUGAAGAGGAUGAAGAUGAUGAAGAUAAGCCCUGUGGCAAGUGUCGGCUGAUAGGCGGAGCGGCUCAGUCCACACGAGAACCUGCUGGAGGCCGCCGGAGCCGUGCGUUGUAAAUUAUGUACAUAAGUGACUGACUGAUAUAUUCGGGCUAACGCGUGGAUGUUGCGGCCGCGCGGCGAGUCUGGAAAUCGGUGAAGCAAACGACCCAAGCGUCGCUCGGACUGGAACACGUCCGCCAAGUGCCCCGCGCCCGUCUCCCCGCACACGCACCGGCCGAGGCUCGACGGCUCCGCUGGGGAUCCUCACGCCGACUCCACCGCAAGAGAGCGAAGCCUGGAUGAAAUCUAACGAGGGAAACAAACGGACGAGUGUUUCUUCUCCAACGGGUUUAUUUUUGUAAAUGUAUUUUUCAUCAGAAUCAACGGGUGUGGAGUCAUUUUGUAGACAGAGCUCGUUGAGAAUCUAACGGUUGUAAAUAGCUGUAGGAAUACAGAAGUGAGUUGUCCAUAGCUGUCUGCUCUCACCGGCUGUUUUUUAUUUUUUAUUUUUUAAACACAUCUCCGGACCGACGAGCAACCAUGUUGCAUUGGGGGUUCACUUGAAGAUUUUCACACAACAGUGAAAGAAAAGUGCUGCAGCUCUCCCAACAGUCAAAACUCCUGGGAGCUGGGAGACACGUGGUCCUCUUUAAUUUGUGCUGCAUCUAAGUGGGCUCUGAAGAACAUGUAGGAAAUGUUGAGGAGGACAGUGAGGACAGAAACUAUUCUCCAGCAGCUGUGGUCUAACCCUCCUGUGCUACGGUAAAUCAUCAAAGAAGAGGAGAGAGAUAAAAGGAGAAGGGUCAGUAGUUUGACUAGGGGAAGGCUUCAGGCAUUGACAGCACUGGGAGGACUGCCUGUGAGACUAGAAGGGGUGAGUGGGUGACCACAGAAGGAGAGAGACGGGGACUGACGGAGGAGCAAAGGUUUGGAGGAGGCGGAGGAGGAGGUCCAGGAGGGGUGGGAAAGGCCCUUCCCCAUGGCUACUGACCCAGGAGAGCCCACAGGCACUGAGGACUCCUCAGAGAAACCUGAUGGACAUAGAAAAGAGGACACGGAGCAGGAGGGCAGGGACAAUCAUAAGUGGGAGAGGACACAGAGCACACCCUCAGACCUCUCCUCUUCCAAGACUCCAGGCAGGGAAGCGAAAGGAGGAGAUGAUGGAGGGAUCCAAGGAGGAGGAGGACGAGGGGAAGCCAGCCAGGAGAGAGAGGAGACCACGCUCAAACCAAUUUCACUCUCCACACGCUCCUUGUCAGUCGACACUGGUCAGAAACAACUGAGGAGGGAGAAGCGUUUUUUCAGGAAGAGCGUUGAGAUUUGUGAGGAGGACGAUGAGUUGGAGGUGCCCCCUGAGGCACCCCACAGUGCCCCACACCUGGAGCUGCGUUCCUUAGACUCAGUAUUCACCAGCAGUGCCCAAAAGCAAGGGGCUGAUUUGACCUGCACUGCACUUGGCAAUGACCCAUCUUGUGCCAGCUCCAGCCAGGAGCCUGGAAAAGAUGCUCCUUCCUCCACAGCCACCCAGAGGGUGAAGGAAAGGGACCGUGAGCUGGAAGAGGAAGCAGAGAUGAAGGCUGUGGCUACCUCUCCUGGAGGAAGGUUCCUCAAGUUUGACAUAGAACUGGGCAGAGGAGCCUUCAAAACUGUUUAUAAAGGCCUAGACACUGAGACCUGGGUGGAGGUGGCUUGGUGUGAACUCCAGGACCGCAAACUGACCAAGGUGGAGCAGCAACGCUUCAAGGAGGAGGCUGAGAUGCUGAAGGGGCUUCAGCACCCCAACAUCGUCCGCUUCUAUGAUUCCUGGGAGUCUGUGCUGCGUGGCAAGAAGUGCAUUGUACUGGUCACUGAACUCAUGACUUCAGGAACACUCAAAACGUACCUUAAGCGCUUUAAGGUGAUGAAACCUAAGGUCCUGAGGAGUUGGUGCAGACAAAUUCUGAAGGGCCUUCACUUCCUUCACACUAGGACUCCUCCAAUCGUCCACCGGGACCUCAAAUGUGACAACAUCUUCAUAACGGGCCCCACAGGUUCAGUCAAGAUAGGUGACCUCGGACUGGCCACUCUGAUGAGGACCUCCUUUGCCAAGAGUGUCAUAGGAACACCUGAGUUCAUGGCUCCAGAGAUGUAUGAGGAGCACUAUGAUGAGUCUGUGGAUGUUUAUGCCUUUGGGAUGUGCAUGCUGGAGAUGGCGACGUCUGAGUAUCCCUACUCUGAGUGCCAAAACGCAGCUCAGAUCUAUCGCAAAGUCACAAGCGGUAUAAAGCCAGCCAGCUUUGAUAAAGUGAACGACCCAGAGAUAAAAGAGAUCAUCGAAGGCUGCAUUCGUCAGAACAAGAGCCAGCGACUCUCCAUCAGAGACCUCCUCAACCAUGCGUUCUUCGGGGAGGACACGGGGGUGCGGGUGGAGCUGGCAGAGGAGGACACAGGCAACCAGGACUGUUUGGCUCUCCGGAUUUGGGUUGAAGAACCGAAGAAGCUCAAGGGGAAGCACAAAGACAAUGAGGCCAUUGAGUUCAGCUAUGACCUGGAGAAUGAUAGCGCUGAGGAGGUGGCUCUAGAGAUGGUGAAGUCAGGUUUCUUCCAUGAGAGCGAUGCCAAAGUGGUGGGAAAAUCCAUACGGGAUCGAGUGAAUCAGAUCAAAAAGUCACGGGAACGUCGACAGCAGCAGCUCCUCCAGCAGCAGCAGGGCUUUGAGGAAAGGAGAGACUCCACUCUCACCUCCUACACCUUUUCUCAUCCAUCCUGCUCUUCCUCACUGGGGCCAGGGGCAGCUGGACAAACAGGAGGAGGAGGAGGUGGAGGAGGGCAGGAGUCAGAGGAGCUGCCUGAAGUGGACCAACAUGUCAGACAGCAGCAAAUAUUCAGUGGGACAACCCUUAGUCUGCCAGAAGGUGAGAGCAUUGGAUCUGCCAGUUGUGAAUCACAUGCAAGUGGACAGAGCCAGGCGUACUCUCAGCAAGGGGAAUCAUACACCCACUCCCAAACGGCUCUCCCAAUUACAUCUACGCUCCCCACUCGUGAGAGUGGAAAUGUUCCCAGUGUACCUCUUGGUCAGAGUGUUAGUAUGUCCACCAUGCCCGUAGGCCAAAGUGGAGGGGGGCCUGUUGGUCAGACUUUUCUUCAGGCCACUAACAUGGUUCCACAGGUAUCACCAAGUGUACCUCAACAAUAUUUUCAGUCACAAACAUUUCCAUCAGAGACAUUUCAAACUGCCACUCCCCACGGCUCAGUACUCCCCUCACACUCAUACAUACCCCCUGUUUCCCCACAAGCACCCAUUAAUGUUGUCACUACACCCAUGUCCAUCAGUGAUCCUGCUGGACCAGCAGGGACCAUUGUGCCCCUCGCUCAGCAGACCCAGCCCCCUGCCACUCCCAUGCAGCUCACUGAAAUCAUUCCCCAGGCAGCACCCCAGCAAACGCAACCUGUCAUGAUCCCUCAGCAGACCAUUGUCCAACAACAACAGAUUGGGAUGGAUCCACAGACCUCCACCCUUCAGCAGCCACAACAGCAAAUGGAGGCCCAGGCCACUGUGCUCGAACAACAAGUCUGUGCCCCUCAGCCACCAAUGGAACAGCAGCAGAGCCUCGCAGCUACAAUUGUACAUCAACAUGAGCCUCAGCAGCAGAUCUAUGCGCAGCAACCGAUUCCACCUGUCCAGCCACCUCCUCAUCAGCAAGGGUUGCCCACACAAACAGGUAUGGAUCAGCGAGCUAUGUCGAUACCGCAGGCAGGAGAGCAACCUCAGACUUUUAAACAGCAACCAAAAGAGGAUCCUCACGAUCAGAUCACGAUACAAUCUCAACUACAACAACAGCUUCAGCAACAGCAAACGCUGUUACAGCAGCAGCAGCAACAGCAACAACAAGCUUUACUGAUUGAGCAACAUCAGCUCUAUGUCCAACAACAGCUUGAUCAGCAGCAACAAGCACUGCUACAGCAGCAGCAGCUUUUGCAACAACAACCGCAGCAGCAGCUUUUGCAACAGCAAUUAGAGCCACAGCCUCCCCCACAGCAACAGAGCCAGUUAUAUCAGCAAAUCGGACAACACCAAGCCGGAACGCAAAACGAACUUGAGAAGCAGCAACAAAGCGGACAACAGCAGCAAAACAUUGCAUUACAGCAGCAGCAGACUCAACAGCAAACGGAGCAACAACUCCAGCAGCAAGCCUUAUUCCGACAAAUGGAACAACAACAGCAACAGGCACUAAUACAGCAGCAUUUGCAAAGGAACGCUAUGUUACAACAACAGCAGCAGCUACAACAGAAUGCUCAGCUCCAGCAACAAGAGCAGCAACAAGUGCAACUCAAGCAGCAGAUAGAGCAGCAGCAGCAGCAGCAGCAAGCUCUGCUGCAGAAACAGUUAGAACAACAGCGUCAGCAACAAGUCCUGCUACAACAACAGGCAGAGAGAUUACAGCAGCAUGCCCUCAUACAACAACAAAGUAAAGAGCAGCAGCAACAGCAGCAAGCAGCAAUCAUUCAGCUUCAGCAAACUGAGAAACAAGAGAGUGUCUCUUUUCCACAAAGUAACAGCGAGCAGCAGUUUCAGCAGCAAUCAACUGAAAUACAGCAUGUGUGUAUCCCACAAAUGAACACUGCUCAGUUUACACCUCAGACUACUCUGACACAGCAGGUGUUGGAGCAGCAGCAGCAAGCAGUAUUGAUCCAGCAGCAAAAAGCAUUUAUUACCCAGCCGCAGCACCAUCCCUCUGUUAUGGAACCUCAUCUUCCAGUCGGAGUUCCGGGCGGCACUGAGGUGAUUCAGCAUCAAAAUAUCUCACAGGCCCAGGUCCCCAUGGCCAUCCAGACUACGCAGAUCCCUCUCCAGACAACUGCUGUUGCUCAAGUCUUCAACCAACAAGGACAAAAUGAGGCCCCUCCCCAGAACCAGGGCCAAGUCCCAGUCCACUUUUUAGCCCAGUCUACAGCCCAAGCAGCUCAGGCUAUGACUGAGGCUCAUGUGCCUCCUCCAGCAGCAACGAUCCAAGGACAGAAUCAAAUCAUCCAGACACAGCAAAUUCCUUUACAGACAAGUUACCCAGGACCUGUCACUUCCACACAGAGCCAAGUAACUGCUCUGACAUUAAUCCAGACUCAGCCUUUGCACCAAACAAUUACUCAGUCCCAGCAGCCACAUGGCCAAGGCCCAACUGUUGACAUUCAGAUGAUGGGCCAACACAGCCAAGCUGCUGUCCAGCCUCCAGCUGUAGUUUCCUCAAUUCCCAGUCAAAUCCAACAUGAGUCUCUUGUUCAGCAAAAUGCUCAGAUGCCAGGGCUCAUGCAGCCCCAGCUCCAGCAACAACGUCAAGACCAGCCAGCGGGCCAGGUGCAUGCUCAGACUGCCUCUGGCCUUCUGACCUCUCAGUAUGUCGCUCAGCUUACCCACCAAGCCAUGCCAUCUGCACAACAGGAAAUAACCCAUAUUACACAACAGCAGCAGCAGCAGCAGCAGCAACAACAGCAGCAGCCAGUACUCCAAUAUCAGCAGAGGAUUCUGUCUCCUGGCUCAGCUGCUGUUGGGACCAAGACAGAUCUUGGUUCCGUAGUUGACCCUGUGAACUUUACUUCCACUCCUCAUCCUGUGCAGCAGGCUGGACAAGGCUAUGUUCCAGGCCAAGUUGUUCAGGCUCAGCAGCAGCAGACCCUUGGAAGCACCACUGACCCUUCAGUCAUUCAGGUCAUCUCCCAGCCUGCUCUGCCCCAGUCGACUGAACAAUACCAGCAACAGCUGCAGAAGCUUCCUCAUGUGCAUCAAGCCCUGGCUCAACCUCCUCCACAAGCUCAGUUACUGGCACAGCCCAUUGCUACCCCUAUCCAGCAACCAAUUCCUGUGAAGCAAGUUUUGAUACCCCUUGACGAGAGUCCUCUUCCCCCACAGUGUCCACCUGACUCACAUUUGGUGGCCCAUCCUCCUGCACAGAUAGUCUCCAGUAAUGUGGCUGAACCUCAGUCUGAGAACAGGACCCUUCCCAUCUAUAGUCAUCUAGUGACAAGCGCCACUUCAUCUCCACAGCACCAGGCCAACCAGAUGCUGCCAGCUCACACACACACACAAACCAGCCUCCAGGCCCAAUCACACUCCCAGACACAGACACACACUCAGACACAGGCUCAUUCUCACACUCAGACACACACUGGCACACGUAUCGCUGAACAACCUGUUCUGCCCAGCGCUGUCUUUCCUGCACAGCAAAUGCCCCCCAGUCCCUCUCAUACCUCAUGUCCCCCAACAACACUACCAUCUCUCAUAUCCCACUACCCUGCUGCUGCCCCUGCUCCAGAGCUGCCAACAUCUCCGCCAGCGGCUCAGAUAACCUUCCCAGGGCAGGCCGACUUUUUCCCCACCUCCCCUCCGCCUGCUGCUACUCUACAAUCGCUUGAUUCUAAUGUCCCCAAACUCUCCCAAGCCUCGCUGCAAGACUGUGACCUUUCCCUGCUGGGCAAUGCUCAGAAUUAA